AGUACAGAAAAAAAAGAAAAAAGUGAAAGAAAAGAAAGAAAGAAAAAGAAAUGAAAGAAAGAGAUGAAAUCUUCAUACGAACAAUUUCAAUGAUUAAACGUUUAUGAAGCUUACACUAUAUAAAUCUAAUAUUAAGAAAUAUAAAAGCUUGCUUUUGAAAGUUAAGAAACAAAACAAAAAAAAAAAAAUAAGAUAAAUCGAAUCCUAGGAACACGUAUUUUCCCUUCUUCACGCUCUAAGGCAUAUCGAACUCGAGAUUCAGUUUCCUUGGAGUCACCUGGCAGUGGUCGGACCGGAUUCACGCUCGAUCGCGUUUUACUAUCGCGAUCACCUGAAGAAGAUCUUCGUCCUCGUUCCGUUCCUCGUCGUCGUCGUCGUCGUCGUCGUCGUCGUCGUCGUCGUCAGGUGAAGAACGUCGAGAGAUCGUAAGGCGGCCAACUCGGGUGGACUCAUUGUCAGUGGUAUUUCCAAUUGGCCCGUUGCGAUCUCCGGGAGUGAAACCGGUUCGACGACCAGCCCUGUCCUCGUCCCUCCGUCCUUCCUUCUACCCCCUCGCCCCCCCAUUACCACAUCCCUUUUCUCUCUUUUUCUUUUACUCUCCCUCCCUCUCUCUCUCUCUCUCUCUCUCUCACUCACACACACACAUUCUCUCUUUCUCUUUCGUUCUUCGUCCGAGCUCAACUCUCUUUUUCUCCUCGGUCGAUCGCUCUCGCCUUAGCAGCGACUUCGCUGCUCCUUCGCCUCGGCUACUAGUUCCAACGUCGCGAGUAUUUUCAGUGCUCACGAGACUCUCAACGUUCUCCACGAAUGAUCACCACGGAAGUUACCGACCGGUUUCGCUUCUUCUUCUUCUUCUUCUUCUUCUUCUUCUUCUUCUGCUUCUUCUUAUUCUUCUUCGGAGUUCCUCUUUUCCGCGAGUUCAUUGUCGAAACAUCUUGCAGUGAGUGAGAAAACCCGUCUAUAAUCGAUUCUUACGAACUUGGAUAAUAUUAAAAGAGUUAUACUUAGUGUUCAAGUUAAAAUUCUGAUCGGAUAAGAUUUCUACGAAGACUUAUUUUUUUUUUUUUACAUUGUGUAUACAUAUCGACGAACUCGAAAGGACCGUAGUACAAAGUGAUCAACUUGAAGAGAGUUUGGGUUUCCUUUUUUUUUUUUUUUUUUUUUUUUUUUUUUUUUUUUUUCCCUCCUAAUGAGACAACGAAAGGUUAUUGAACUUUGCCGGCCUCGAAUGUGUUCUUUCAACACGAAUGUGAACGAGCAACGUUGAUAGGAAGAAUGCACGCGUGAAUUAACACGAGAAAUAAAAGGGAAGAAGAAACGAAGAAACGAAGAAAAGAAGGAAGGAAGGAAGGAAGGAAGGAAGGAAGGAAGAAAUAAGACGCGCGAGUGUCGUUAGUAACUCUCGAAAUGCACCCUCCGGAUCGUUGCGUGCGCGUCGUCGGAGUCGCGCGCUUUUCACUCGCAUACGCGAAUCUCAAUGAUGAAACGUGUCGAUAUUCGUCAUAACAAUUUUCAGAGAAGAUCAUACGACAGUGUUUUUGUAUAGGAUUAACGAACGUCUACUUUACAAAAAGGAAAAAAAAAAGAAAAAGAAAAAAAAAGAAGGCAAAAGAGAAAUAUAUCGAUAAAGUCCUUUAGACUUCGAACUAUGAAACGAACUGUACUGUGCGCGAUAAGACCCGGAUAAAACUCAUACAUACACGGACAAAAAGAAAUUCUCUUCUUCUUUCGUAGUGGACAUGUGCGUGAAAUGGAUUCAUCACGAUCUUACCGGUUAUUCGUUCGAGUUGUUAGUUCGCCGCGUGUGUGCAUUGGGAUUAAAAGUAUAGAUCAGUUUUAAAUAAAAGAGGAAGGCAAGUUGCAGAUAUUACAAAAGAGAGAAAGAUAGAGAGAGAGAGAGAGAAAGAGAGAGAAAGAGAGAGAAAGACCUGUCUAAGCGUACGCGUGUGUGUGUGUGUGUGUGUGUGUGUGUAUUUAUGUAUUCGGGUAAACACGCCUAUGCUCGAACAACAACCACCAGCGGUGGUGACGCGUAACGGCAGUCGCGUUUAUCGAAUUAGGCUUAACGUCGUCGUCGUCGUCGUCGUCGUCAUCAUCAUCGUUGUCGUCGUCGGUGGCACCGUGCGUAGGGUGGCAAUAAAAUUCAUUCGAGCAUCAUGGAUGCGUGGAAUCGCGGAAGGAUUAUCUACGCUUAUCUCAUAUGGGUCGUCUUCAAGGCUACAGCAGCUGGAGGACUGUCCGAUGACACGAAUUCGUUGGUCGAGGAGCUCGUCGUCGAGGCCGGCAAGAACGUGACGUUGAAUUGUCCAGGAGUGACGGAAGACUCUCUGGUGUAUAUGCUCGAGUGGCGAGCCAACGGUAUGCAGUUACUCGAGUGGCAGGCUAACGGGAUGCAACACGAACAUGCCAACAGGGGCACCGAUGUUUGGACUCAUCAGAAUAGAGUCUCUCUCUCUUUGAAAAAUUAUGCUCUACAAUUUCAUCCUGUCACAGCACCGGACUCGGCCAAGUACGAGUGCCUAAUAAACAAUCGUAGUACACCGGAUGCCGUCAUUAAGCUCAUCGUUCAAGACGUGCCAGAUCCGCCAGAACGUCCUCUCAUAACAAGCUUUACAUCCAAAUCCGUGAAUCUGUCUUGGGCACCUGGCGCUAAUUCUCAUAACAACCCAAUUUUGCACUACGUCAUAUACACAAGGGUCAACGAGGAUGGUUCCUGGGACGCAAUGAAAGAAAUAGUGACACCAACAAGCGCAACAGUUUACACGAUUGAGAAUUUAACACCAUUCACGGUCUAUAGCUUUCGCGUGGCGGCAGUAAACGCGAUGGGCCGUAGCAAGGCGAGUCAAGCAUCCUACUACAUCAUCACCUUGAGAGAGAUUCCCGAAGGUAAACCCCUUAUCACUAGCGCGUACAACACGUCGUCGACGUCUAUAUAUUUGGCAUGGAAACCACCAAGUCGUGACACUAUACAUGGCGAAUUUCUUGGAUAUCGAAUUGGAUAUAGACCGCGAGACAAAACGAAUAUGGAAAUGAAAGACAUCUACAUACGAGAUCCCGCAGUAGACAAUCACAGUAUUCAUAAUUUGGAAAUAUACACGCAGUAUCUCGUAUCUCUUCAAGUUUUCAAUCCGGAGGGUCAUGGACCAGCCACAACAGUUUCUGUGAUGACCGACGAAGGAGUGCCAACGAAACCCCAGAAUUUCACGUCACGUGGAAUAACUUCGACUACCAUAGAACUGUCAUGGUCCGAGCCAGAAAGUGCCAACGGCGUUAUAACCGGGUACCGUGUUUAUUAUUUGCAUUCCAAUUACACCGACGUUCAAACCCUCAAGAUAUAUGACAACAGCGGGCCUAACGUUGAGUUUGUAUUAAAAGAUUUAGAUCCUUACAUCGUCUACGAUAUAUGGGUGAAAGCUUACACGUUGAAAUACGAGGGUGAGCCUUCUGGUCAUAUUAUUCGUAGGACCGACAUCGCUGGACCAAGCGAGCCACAAAUUUUAAAUUUGACUUGCCAAUCGCAUGAUUCAGUUUAUAUUCAAUGGGCAAGGCCAUCGAUCUUUUGGGGAUCCGUCGAUUAUUAUUACAUCAAUUAUCGUACGGAAACAAGUCAAUAUUAUGAGGAAAUCGAAUUAACAGCCGAGAAGAAUCAUCUUGAAAGUGGCAUGAUCGUACCAAAUUUAACGAUGAACACGGUUUACGAGUUUAUCAUACGUGGAGCAACGAAAAGUACAAUCAACGAUCGAUUGAUUAUACAAGGAGAAAGUUCUGCACCACGGAACGUUUUGGUUACUCAUGACUGCGAUAAGAUUCCACCGUUAAAACGUCGUAGCAGCAAGGAUCUCAGUGCUAGUGUGAUAGCUGGCAUGGUUUGUGCUUGCUUCGCCGUCAUGCUAGCGAUCACAGCCUUCGUUCUCUGGAAGCCAAUUUUCAGAAAAUGCUUUCACACGGCCUAUUACUAUCUGGAUUAUCCACCACGAAAUGUGCCGACCCUUCAAGAAUGGGAGAACAGUGAGCAAGAUGGCGAAAGGACCGCCGUAAGCGUUCAACAAUUCGUUCAACAUGUCGCCAAGUUGCACGCCGAUGGUGACAUCGGAUUCAGCAAGGAAUACGAGAUUAUUCAAUCGGAGAGCGGAGGUUACACCGUUGAGAACUCGCAAUUCGCUGAAAAUAAGGCGAAGAAUCGAUACCUCAACAUACUCGCAUACGAUCACACGCGCGUACAAUUGUUAUCGUGCGGUGGAGGGCCACCUAAAAAGGGACAAGAUUAUGUAAACGCAAAUUACAUCGAUGGUUGGCAACGUGCACGAGCUUACAUUGGAACUCAAGGACCUUUACCACCGACCUUCGAUGGUUUCUGGCGUAUGGUCUGGGAACAACGCGUAUCGAUCGUAGUGAUGAUCACUAAUCUUGUCGAACGUGGUCGUAGAAAAUGUGAUAUGUAUUGGCCCAAAGAAGGCACCGAAACUUAUGGUUACAUUCAAGUUACUUUAGUAAGGGAGGACAUUAUGGCAACUUAUACUAUUCGUACUCUUCAAAUUCGACAUCUCAAGCAGAUUAAGAAGAAGAAGAAUGGGACCAAUAUGGGAGAACGUACAAUAUGGCAGUAUCAUUAUACCGGUUGGCCUGAUCAUGGUGUUCCUGAUCAUCCUCUACCUGUUCUCAGUUUUAUUCGUAAAUCCUCCAAUGCUAAUCCACCCGAAGCUGGCCCUAUAGUGGUCCAUUGCAGCGCCGGAGUUGGACGUACUGGGACCUAUAUCGUGAUCGAUGCCAUGCUGAAACAGGCCAAGAGCAAAAACGAGAUCAAUGUAUUUGGAUUUUUAAAACACAUUCGAACGCAGAGAAACUUUUUAGUUCAGACAGAGGAACAAUACAUUUUCAUUCAUGAUGCUUUGCAAGAGGCAAUCGAAAGUGGAGAGACCAAUAUAGAAGCUAAUAAUUUGAUGCAGCAUAUUCAAGACAUGCUAUGCCCGUCCAAUAAUAAGACAGAUGCCUGGAAUAAC